CUUCUCGCGCAGUCCGAGUCCGCCGGUCACGACGGUAGCGUCGUGUUGUUGGUCCAGGUCCCCGAGUGAGCGCAGCCGCGAUAACUCGCGAAAGGGGCGGCGAGAAGAGGUCACGAGAGGAGCGGAAUUGCGGCGCGAUCGGGUCGAGACGACGCGAAUUUGCGAGACGUCGCGAUCGAGCGGAUUCACGACAGCCGAACGGCUGAUAGAUCUGUCAAGUUUCGCGCGAAUAUUCACGAAGUGAGUCGCGAUUGUGAGAAUCAGGCAACGGGGAGAGACCGCGGAAGCUCCGAACGCGGAAAGUCGCGCUCGACUCGACGAGACGAAGACCUCGCAAAGGUCCUCGUUCUUCGUGCUUGGCGAGUGAGUGACAAGGGAGAAUCUCGGGGAAAGCCUCAACGGAGUCAUCUGGGAGGGGUGAUUAUCGCGUCCCGAUGCCACCCUGGCGUCGCGAGCGAUUGUGCGGUGAACCGCGUUAGUGAUAGAUCGCGAGGAUGAGCGACGUCGGUCGACGAUCGCGGAGGGUGAGCAGGUGAACCGGCGAAUUGCACUUAUGUGAUAACUUAUGGACGUGAUCGAAUGGGAAAAUUGAGCGGGAGAAUCAGACUGCGAAAGAUUUAUUCUUUUGGCCCUCGUUUAGGCACGUUCCUAAAUCACGUUCAUUGACCGAAGGGAAGUUUGACCUGAUUAUAAUCGAAGCCGUUAGCGGCGUCAAGCAUGGCGAGGAGCAGCGACAGUGGAUGCGGACGCGGUUCCGAGCAUACCGUCGUCGUCGUCCGUCGCUGCGAUGCCGCCGUUGUGUCACGUGGUAAGGCAACGUCCCAGUGCGAAUCGAUCGGCGUCGGUAACGGCGGCAGCGUCCAGCAACGUAGCAACGACGACAGCACCGGGAACGGCAUCGCCACCGGGACCAGCAAUCAAGGUACCGAGGGUACGGUCGACUAGAGUCAUCUCCUUCAACGUAGGCGCGGUGCACUUCAGAAUUAAUAGGACGAAAGGGCGAAUGCAUCUCGCAGGAUGAAUUCGUGCGCGGUUUAUUUUUCCCAAUUACGGGCGAUGCUCGUGAGAAAUCUUCUGCUCAAGAAACGCGAGAAGCGGAAGACGAUGGCGGAGAUCUUUCUACCCCUAUAUACUCUUGGGAUCUUGAUCGUGGUGAAGGUCCUAAUACCGAACCCAAACUAUCCCGCGAUGACGACACAGAGGCACGAAGGGGAUAUAUUCAAAUUAUUCGAUGGCCACAAAAAUAACACGAUUGCUGUGGUACCCAAUUCCACGGAAACCCUCAACUUCUUAAACUCUAUGAACACACUCUGGCUCUCUAUGUGGGAUUAUCCCGAUAAGCUUCCUUUAAACUUCAUGGUGUUCGACACGAAGGACGAUCUGCAGGCUGCGUAUUGGAGAGAUCCUUACAGCGUACCAUUGGCAGUUAUUUUCGAGGAUCCCCAACCGAUAUCACAGCGUCUCACAUAUGAAAUUAGGACGAAUCCUUCAUAUACUUCGCCACCUUCGCCAACGGAAUUGUAUUCCGCUCCGGUCACCUGUCGAAAGGACACAAGUCACUGGAUGGGCGGCGUUUUGUCGAUAGAAACCGGAGGAUCCUGUCCUGUUAAUAAUUAUUUGCAUUCUGGCUUCUUGGCUCUGCAAAUGAUAAUGGAUAUUACAAAGAUAAGAUUGGACACAGGAAAUUCGGACGUCACUGUGCCGGAUAUUAAACUCGAAAUGUUUCCCAAGGAAGCUUUUACCGCUGAUUGGAUGCUAGCCUUCAGAGUUGUUAUUCCUCUUUACACGGUUUUGGCACUCUCGCAAUUCAUCACUUAUCUCCUGAUCUUGAUAGUUGGCGAAAAGGAAAAUAAAAUAAAGGAGGGGAUGAAAAUCAUGGGCCUAAAUGAUUCUGUAUUUUGGUUGUCGUGGUUUAUCAUCUAUAGCGUCUUCGUUUUUUUGCUCUCCGCUGUUGGAGUGGUACUGCUUUUCACCCUGCAGAUGUUUCAGCAUACUCAUUUCCUGCCGAUAUUCCUUCUGGUGGUGCUAUAUAGUUUCUCCGUAAUUAUGUUUGCCUUCAUGAUCACGCCGUUCUUCGAUAAGUCACGUACGGCUGGUGUCUUGGGCAACUUUGCUGUUACAAUACUGAGCUUAAUGUACUUCAUUCAAGUAUUCGUAGAUGAUUCCAGCUCAGUCUCCUUUUGGUUAGUCUCUUUGCUCAGCCCAACCGGAGUUGCCCUGGCGAUGGAUAAGGCUCUGGUGCUGGAUUUGCAGGGCGAGGGAGUGAAUUUUGAUAAUUUGUGGUCUGGCCCUGGGAUACCUUUUGGUGGCAGUCUCAUCAUGAUGACUCUGGAUAUUUUCCUAUAUGCCUGCCUGGCCUAUUAUCUCGAUUCCGUGAUACCAAGUGAGUACGGAACCAAGAAGCCACCUUGGUUUUGCUUUGUUCCUGGAUUUUGGUGUCAGAGAAAGGUUCAAAGGAAUUCUCUUCAGGUACCAUCGUCGAACGGCGAGUCAAACUCCUUCAUCCCAGGCGAAGAAACGAAUCGCGAUGUGGAGCCAGUGGUACGCGAGAUGAAAGGCCGCGAAGCGAUCAGAAUAGCCGACCUCUACAAAUCGUAUCACAAAUGCAGGAAACCGGAGAUCAAGGCUGUGAACGGUAUCAAUCUUACCAUUUACGAGGGCCAGAUUACCGCCAUCCUGGGACAUAACGGCGCUGGCAAGACCACUCUUUUCAACAUUCUCACGGGUCUGACCUCACCUACCGCCGGCACGGCUCUCAUAUUCGGCUACGAUGUGCGCGACUCCAACGACAUGCGAGCAAUACGCAGCAUGACAGGGGUCUGUCCGCAGCACGACAUCCUUUUCGAUCUGUUGACACCACGUGAGCACCUCGAAUUCUUUGCUGCUGUGCGUGGUAUUCCACAUUCAAUGAUACAACACGAGGUGAAGAAAACCCUGAAAGAUAUCGAUCUAGUCGAGAAAGCGGAUACUUUCGCAAAAUACUUAAGCGGUGGACAAAAGAGGAAGCUAUCAGUAGGAAUCGCCAUCAUCGGCGAUCCCAAGAUCAUUAUUCUCGAUGAGCCUACUGCCGGGGUGGAUCCCUAUUCGCGGAGGCAGAUGUGGUCUUUUUUGCAAUCUAGGCGACAUGGAAAGGUGAUUCUGCUGACGACUCACUUCAUGGAUGAAGCAGACAUUCUUGCAGACAGAAAAGCAGUGAUCAGCAAAGGAAAACUCCGAUGCUGCGGCAGCUCUCUGUUCUUGAAGAACAAGUUUGGCAUUGGAUAUCAUUUGACUUUAGUUCUAGAAGGUAACGCGAGGGAACAUGCUAUCAACCGAUUAGUGAUGUCGCACGUAAGUAAAGCGGAGAAGGCGAGACGUCACGGUCGAGAAUUGAGCUUUAUUUUACCGCACAAUUCUGUGGAAAACUUCGCUUCGCUGUUUACUGCUAUUGAGCACGAGAUCAAGACCCGCUCGAGCAGACUGGGCAUCAGCAGUUACGGCGUGUCGAUGACUACUUUGGAGGAAGUGUUCUUGCAUCUGGAGAAAGACGAGGAGACCGAGUGCACGAUGGAUAAUCUAUCGAAGAAGAUGGUGCGCAAUCGAGCUCUUAGCCGAUCGCUCUCAUUGCAGUCCAAGAGUACAUCUUAUCAGAGUUUACAAAACGAGGGGGUGACCGUUCAGGGCGACAGUCAAGGAAAAGUGAAUGAUUUGCCGGAUGGCGUUCAUAACGAUCGAAAUCCGCCUGUGCUCGGCCUCGGCCUAGAUCCCAUCAAGAUCCGGCCUAACUUCCUGCAGACCCUCUACGCCAUGCUACGUCUAAGAGUGCUCAGACUCCUUAGAAAUAUCCAGCUAUUGUACUUUACGAUCGCCAUGCCACUAGCUCUGAUAGUGCUUGGUCUCUACCUGAAUAGCAUCCAGACCGUCGACAUCAAGAUGCAGUCGCUGAAACUUAAUAGCCGUAAGUGGUUGCAUCUUAUGCAAGAAACAUACGGCGAAGAAACCAAGAUUCUUUACAUAAAUAACACCGAUCGCGAUAUCACCGAGUUGAUGGACGGUAUAGGUCAGAAUGCGAAGCAUAUCGAGGAAUACGAUGGCAAUUUUGCAAAUUUAUUGAACAUUGCGCCGCAUGUAGCCGCCUUCAACAUUAAUGAUUAUAAUCUACCACGAUUCAACUUGACUGUCAUCUACAAUGAUACGAUGCAACAUUCCCUUCCGAUCUUGAUAAAUAUUCUUUCAAACACUUAUUAUAGAUUGUCCUCAGGCAAGAACGAUCCCACGCGGAUCGAAGUCAAAACGCAUCCCUUCCAGCAAACAUCGCAACCUCAAGAGUUCAAUAUCGGCACGGCCAGCUGUGCUCUCUUUAUCGGUAUGGACUUCGUGUUAUUGCCAAUUACUCUAGCAGUGGAUAUGGUUUACGAUCGUGAGAUCAAAGCGAAAAACCAGCUUCGUGUGAAUGGCCUGUCGUUUCCUAUGUACUUCCUCAGCUAUUUUAUCGUUCUGGUUGGCUUGAUGAGUUUCAUCUGCCUGUGCAUCCUCGGCAUCAUAUUCCUUUUCGACGUACCUUCAUUGCAGGAGCUGCCGGCUAUCAUCACUCUCAGCACCCUCCUCAUGCUUUACUGCCCAUCAUCUAUUCUCUUUUCGACCUGCCUCAGCUAUAUCUUCGACAAGAUGGAUUCCGCGCAAAGCAUCCUGCCAAAUAUCGCAACUUUCUUCGGAUUGAUACCAUUCCUUCUCGUCAUGAUCCUUGAUAUGCUGGGAGUUGGUGGGACAGCGGCGUUCGCGUUGCACGUGGUCUUCUCUCUAUUGAACACCAUGUAUGUACCAUAUGCAGCAGUAUACUAUGUAGACCGCGUUUACCUAAUGUGUUCCAUCAACGCUGCUUGCCAUCAUCUCACCAUGUCCGAUUAUCUCACCACGGAGAUCAUGUUGAUGGCUUUUGGCGUGUUGUUGCACAUCCCACUCUGGUUCUUCGUACUACUUUUAUUGGACAUUAAGAAGAGCGGUGGUAAUGUCAGCGAUUUCUUCAAAUACUUUCUGCGUAAUGGUGGCUCUAUUGGUGAAGAAAUAAUGGAAAAUUCUGAUAUCGGUGAACACGAGGAUACGGAUGUGAAAAACGAACGACAGAAGGUCUUCAACCUUAUUACAUCAUCGGCCGUUCAAGAGCCGCCUGUAGUAUUGGUACAAAACCUGCGAAAAGAGUAUCGCCAACGAGAAGCAGGAUCGUCCUGCAAUUGUUGCUUGAAGCGCGAGGAGGAAGUCGCGCAGAAGCAACGAAAGAUCGCCGUACGAAAUCUCUCGCUGACAGUGGAACCGGGCGAGGUCCUGGGCCUGCUAGGCCACAAUGGCGCCGGCAAAACCACGACCAUGAAGAUCAUCAUCGCCGAGGAAGCGGCGACAAGAGGCAGGGUACAGAUCGGCGGCCACAAUAUCAAUACCAGUAUGGCAGAAGCUUUCCGGCAGAUGGGCUAUUGCCCUCAACACGACGCUCAAUGGAAAAACAUUACCGUACGAGAGCAUCUCGAAUGCUAUGCCGCGAUUCGUGGGGUUCCAUGGAGCGAGGUCAAUAGAAUUGUGGACCUAUAUCUGUCCGGUCUACAAAUCCAUGAACACGCCGACAAGCAGACUCAAGAAUGUUCCGGUGGAACUAGAAGAAAACUCAGCUUCGCGAUGGCGAUGGUCGGUGGACCCAAGGUGGUUCUCAUGGAUGAACCGAGUACAGGCAUGGAUCCUAGGUCAAAAAGAUUCCUGUGGGACACGAUUCUCGCUAGUUUCCAGGGUGGCAGGGGAGCCAUAUUGACUACCCAUUCUAUGGAGGAAGCCGAUGCUCUGUGUUCAAGAGUCGGCAUAAUGGUGAAGGGUGAGUUGAGAUGCAUCGGCUCGACUCAGCACCUGAAGAAUCUUUACGGCGCCGGCUACACUCUCGAGAUGAAGCUGCUGGGCGGUGAUUGCACGCCAACAACUCCCUCCGGCGACAGGAUCGCUACUUUGAAAGAAUUUGUCGCUGGUCUCUUCCCCGAUGCCACUUUGGAGGAGAGCUUCGCCGAUCGGCUCGUCUUCGCCGUGCCCCAACACGCUGUGAACUCGCUGGCCGAGUGUUUUAUGCAGUUGGAAAAAGCCAAACUCGAACUGGACAUAGAAGAAUAUAGCUUUAGUCAAACUACUCUGGAACAAGUAUUCCUCAAGUUCUCGCACUACGACGAGGGCAACUCCGUGGAAUGAUGAUUCGUAGUGCUAAUAUAUCGUUGUUAUGUGAUAACCGGUGAAGUGAAUUCGCAAUCAGUGUGCGCGAAAGAAGUGUGCUCGAAUGACGAAUGUUUUUAAUCGCUGAAUUUUGGAAACAGUCUCCGUUGUUUUCAUUAGUGGAUUAUGCGGUUGCGAUGACAUGCAUCGACGUCUUCUUGCUUCAAGGUAUUGUCCAGAUGAACAUGACGGUUAUCGAACGGUUCUAUUAUAUUUCGAAGAAGUAGCAAUGUGACACAUCGUCUCGUGCCUUCAAAUCCUUGGAGGGUCAAUGAAGAAACGACAGUAUGAGAUGAGAAAAGUUCGUCAAUAGUUUUAAUUAUCUUUCAAAGUGUUACAUCAAGUUUAUCCUAUAAGUCACUCGGAAACUUGAUGAAAAAUAAAGAAAUAACAAGACGGAACAAUUAUCUACGAAUCAUAGCGUUUAGGAUGACGAAGAAUUAUUUAAUAUUGUUCUAAAGUAUUAAAGAAGUAAUUAUAGAAAAAUUGAAGAAACAAUUAGUCGGAAAUGGUUGCGUUGUGCUUAAAAAAAAUAAGUCAUAGAUUGUCAACUGUUUCAGAAAACAAAGAAUGACGAAGAUAGCUAUAUCACAAUUUAGAUUUGUGAAGGAAUGUUAAAAUAAUUAGUCGCUUUGUAGAGCUCCAAACUGUUGGUGGGACGACGAUAGGACGAUAAAAUUAUGAGGGAACAGUCGCUAAUCUUAGAAUGUGAGUUUCGAAAGAGUAUUAAAUCACAAUCUCUCUCAUCUUGCAAUUCUAUAGAAAAAUGACGGAAGCAGUUAGACGACAGAAAACGAACAAGAAUUAAGAUGAGAGUUCGACUCUUUGUUUCGAAAUGUUGGAGGAAUCAUGAAUAGAGAAUUUAACAAUCGCGAAUAUCAAGAUGACAGAAAAAUCGUCUCAUCGCUGCAAAUUAUCUCGAUGAGAUACUUAGAAAAAUAAAAGAAUGUUUAUUAAGCCUUGGCAUACUUCAAGAUGUAUCAAUUGAAGAAAAUAGCUGAAGAACGAUAGAAUGAAAUUAUUCUCUCAGAUGGUGCUUCGAAAAAGUGUUAAGGCGAUGGACUGCCUUCCGAUUCCGAAAUGUUGGAAAAUCGCGGAGAACAGUUAGGAACAAAUAGGAAGCUAUAAUAGUAGCGUUUUGCUUUUUGAGAGAACGUCGUGACAGAGAUGAGUGACGAGAGAGGAGAGACAUUGACGAUAGCGUACUGUUUAUGGCGAGUGAAUAUAUAUGAAUCGUCUCUUUCGCGAAAGAAGACUCUCUCUUAAAACAAUUUUGUGUAUUUAUCCUGUAAAUAGUCUCGCGUGGAGAUGCAUCACGUCGUGAAAUAAUUAUCGCGGCUUGAGCACGAUCUCCGUUUUGACGAUGGAGCAUCAUCUCAAGCUUAGUUUUACGCUCGACAUUCUACGCACGACGUUUUUAUCCGAUAUCUCUCAUCGGUAUUGUCUUAUUGUAACAUCGUGUCGUGCAAAAACCCUCUGGUUGUCGCGAACCUCGGCGUUCAAGAAUAAAUAUCGAGCGUAAACGAGGCAUUUACGCGAGGCAUAAGUAUUCUCGAGGCAUAGUAUCGAAGUUACAUACUGAUAGUCCACUUUGUAUUUAAACUUAUAGAUAAAAAAAAAUAGAUCUCGUAUCGAUAUUGCACUGGAAUUGGAGCGCAUGUUCUACGUUGUUUUUGGAGCGGGACUCGGCCUCGUCACUUUGCAGUCACUGUAAGUUGAUUUGGAUCGGUUCGAGAAAACGAUGUCCAGCGAAAUUUCAAUACAAUUUUAGCUGACUACGUUUUCUUUUUCGAAAACAGAUUUUUAUAUAAUAAUCAUUUAAAUAAUUAUUGAAUGCGAUACUAAUAUU